UCUUUUUAGUCUUCGUAAUAUCAAUGUUUCUGUACGAAGCCUCUGUGCUACAUCUGGUGGAGGAGAGCAGCCCGAAACCGGGGAUAGUACAAUGAAGCCGUGCGUCCAUCUCCGAGACAAAGCAGCAGGAUGCUACGAAAGGACGGUAUUUCUCACAAAUCAGGGACAUUUCACUUGAACUCACCAAGAGGCCAAACAAAGAAUGAAGCCUCUGCAUGACAAGCUAUGACCAACAGAACAACACUGUAGAACUCACAUUGCAAAGGGAAGACUUAAGAAUGAAGACCAAGUAUGCAAUCGUCUUUAUCUGUAUUGUGGCCCUGGUCAUCAUUGAAAAGGAAAGCAACAUCCUUUCUAGGGUCUCUGACAGAUUGAUCCAGAGGCAGAUGCCGCAGCAGCAGGAUUUCAGCAACAUAACACAAAAGGGCUCCUUGAUGGCACUCAAAAUGCUGCUGUCGCGACUCUCUGGUACAAAAAGGGAUAGCUCAAAUUACUCAGAGGAGGAAGAGGAGGAACAACUGGAUGAUUCGGGGACAUACAGCUACGCCGGUGGCCAUAAGCACGUAUUACUCUUGGCCACCACACGGACAGGUUCCUCAUUUGUGGGGGAAUUUUUUAACCAGCACGGGGAGAACAUGUUCUAUCUGUUUGAGCCACUGUGGCAUGUCGAGCGCAUGCUGACCCCGGCUGCAGAGGCAAACAAUGGGACAGUGUUGUCGGGAAUUUACCGAGAUGUACUCCAGGGGCUUUUCCUGUGUGAUUUCUCACCUCUUGAGAAGUUCAUCUCUCCCUCACCUCAGGACCAUGUCACCCCAUCUCUUUUCCGCAGAGAGUCUAGUUUAUCACUCUGUGAAGAACGGGUCUGCAGUCCUGUAAUCAGAGAUGUUUUUGAGAGGUAUCACUGUAAGAGUCGUCGCUGUGGGCCACUGAACCUAACUCUUGCAUCUGAAUCCUGCCUUUCCAAACAACACCAUGCCAUUAAGACUGUUCGUGUGCAUCAGCUGGACACCCUGCAGCCUUUGGUAGAGGACCCUCGCUUGGAUAUCAAAGUUAUCCAGCUAGUUCGAGAUCCAAGAGCUAUCUUAGCAUCGCGCAUGGUGGCGUUCUCUUCAAAAUAUCACACGUGGAAGGCUUGGGCGCAGAACGGCCAGGUGCCCGAAGAUGAUGAGGAGGUGAAGAGGCUCAAAGGAAACUGUGAUCACAUUAGGAUGUCUGCAGAGGUUGGACUGAGCCAACCUCACUGGCUCAGGAACCGCUACAUGCUGGUCCGCUAUGAGGAUAUCGCCCUCUACCCUAUGCAAAAGGCAGAGGAGAUGUACAAGUUUGCAGGGAUACCAUUUAGUUCCCUGGCCAGGGAGUGGAUACUGAGGAACACCCAGACCACACAGAAAGCCAGUGGGAUUUACUCCACUCAGAAGAACUCAUCAGAGCAGGCAGAGAAAUGGAGAUUUACAAUUCCCUUUACAUUGGCUCAGGUAGUUCAGAGAGUGUGUGGACCCACCAUGAAGCUGUUCGGGUACAGAUUUGUGAAUGAUGAAAUGACACUGACCAACAAGUCCAUUAGUUUGCUUGAGGAGAGAUUAUUUAAUUAAUCAGGAGGUCAACAUGCAGCUGUGAAACUGCAAAAUACUGCAUGGCAUGCAGUGCAUGUGAGCUAGCAGAAGCCAUUACUGUUCAGAUCAAAACUGUUAAACAAAGGUGCCAUAAAAAUACAAACAAAGGUGCCUCACAUGUAGGCCAUACAGUAAGAUGCUCGCCAAUGAUGUGCCUCAUUGAAAUAAUGAAAAACUACUUGAUAAAGGGAAGUAUUUAUUUGCAUACUGUGUUCACUGAGUAGCCUGAAGAUUAAACUUCGUUUCAUGCUCUUUAUUUCAUUUAGAAAUGAAACAAGCAUAGAUAUCAAGGCCAAAUGUGACAGAUUAUUGUGUAGGAUUUUUUCUUAAUCUUCAUGGUUGAAUUUUAAGCGACACACUUAAAGUGAAAGUUAUGUGCAUAUGUUUUCUAAGGGAAAUUUUGUCUUAGAGGAUCCUAAGAUCUUUUCUUAAUAACACCCAGUUUGGCUGGUUUCAAUUUUUCAUACAUCAGCAUUAGUCUAGGCAUUUGCUAGAGUUAUGUUCGAGUAGACAUGAUGUGCUGUGAUAGAGUUUUGCAAAUCUUACUCAGGAAAAGUAUGUUGUGUCUCGAUGACAAUCACUGAUAUUUUCUCAACAGAGUGCUGUGUACGAGAACAGGUUCUUCUUUUGAAAACUCUGAGAUUAGAGAAGAUAAAUUAAGAUUUAUUUAUCAAUUUAAAGAUGAUAUAUGAGAAGUAGUAACACUCAUAUGAAAUAUCUACUCAACUAUUUUUUUGUUUUGUUUUUUUAUUUCUAGCCAGCAGCCUUAACUGCAUCUGUAGUAAAGUAUUUCCCACUUCUCUAAACGUCCAAGUAGGUUUUGUUUAAUUUUGUUGCUUGCGUGAGAGCUGAUCUGUUCUUAUGUUGGUCAUUAAAUGUAAGGUUUUUUUGUUUUCUUUUAAAUCACACAACAACUCAAAGUAAUAAAAUCACCCAAAAAUAUUAAGACCUGCAGAAUCCACCCUGUAAAGAUGUGUUGUGUUUUGAUAUGACCUGUGUAGGUUCACUCACUGGCCAAUUCAUUUGGUACACUUGUUCAGCUGCUUGUUAACACAAAUAUCUAAUCAGCCAUUCACAUGGCAGCAACUUGAUGCAUUUAGUUAUGUAUGCUGAAGUUCAAAUUGAGCAUCUGAAUGGGGAAGAACGGUGAUUUAAGUGACUUUCAUGCUGUUGGUGCCAGAUACGCUGGUCUGAGUAUUUCAGAAACUGAUCUGCUGGGAUUUUUCCAAUAACCAUCUCUAGGAUGGAGGGGAAAUGAUCUGAAAAAGAGAAAAUAUCCAGUAAGCUGCAGUUCUCUGGAAGAAAAUUCCUUGUUGAUGCCAGAGGCCAGAGGGGAAUGGCAUGACAGGUUUGAGCAGAUAGGAAAGCAGUAGUAACUCAAACACUCAUUGAAGCCAAGCUAUGCAGAAGAGCAUCUUUAAGUGGAAAACCCAUCAAAUCUUUAAGCAGAUGGGUCAAAACAGCGGAAAACCACAUCUGAUGCCAAUCCUGUCAGCUACAAACAGGAAACUCAGGCUAUGGGACAAAAAAGAUUUUAAAAUUACGUUAUUUGAUCUUAUGAAUCUAAAUUUCUGCUGUGACAUUUGGAUGAUAGGGUCAGAAUUUGGCAUAAACAACCUGAAAGCAUAAAUUCAUCCUGCCUCGUGUCAAUGGGUCAGCCUGGUGGUGGCAGUUUAAUGGUGUGGGGGAUAGUGUUUUAGCAUGCUUUAGACCUGUUAGUACCAGCUGAGUAUUGUUUAAACAUCACAGGCUUCCUUGAAUAUUGUUGCUGAUCACGAGCAUUAUUGAUAACCAUCUUCCAUGUGUCCAUCUUCUGAUGGCUGUUUCCAGCACAGAAGGACCAUGUAACAAAGUUCAAAUCAUCUUAAAACUGGUUUCUUUAACAUGUCACUGUCCUCAAAUGGCUUCUAAAGCCACCAGAUUUCAAUCCACUCCUUUUGGUAUGCUGUGGAAUGCGAGAGUCACAUCACAGAUGUGAAAUCUGCAACAACUAUGAGAUGCUAUCAAUGCAAUAUGAAUCAUAAUUUCUGAAGAAUGUUUCCAGCAUCCGUUUGAAUCUAUAACACAUUGAACUAAAGCAGUUUCAAGUAAUAGCAAGAUAUACCUAAUGAAGUCGCUGAUGAGUGUAUACAGCCUAUGACUUUAAGUGAAACCCAGGUGGUGCUGGCUUAACUGUGAGUCUUGAUAAAAUAUGAAGUUAAGCACUGAGACUUCAGAUAAAUGGCAACAUUGUGCUCAGUUUGGCUGUGGCUUUAUUGAAGCAGCUGUGAAAGGCAUAUGUUUCAGAAUUUCACGGAGCUUCACUUACCUUCAUUUUAAAAACAUACAUAUGAAUUCAUAUAUAUGUGUGACAUACUGAAGCCAGAACAACUAAUUUUGUAGCUCAAACAGUGGGUGUAGUCACAGUGCAACAUAGUAUGCAUUUAACUAAUGCAGCUAUUCGGAGUGGGAAUACAUGCAGUUCCUUUUUUUUGGUGGGGAGGAAUACAGAUGUGCAGUUUCUCCCUGUUUAUGGAUGAUUGCAAAAAGGUUAAUAAGGAACAGAGGCUAUUGCCAACAUAACUUCAAAGUUUUUAAUGUGGCAAAAAAACAAAGAAAAUCAGAAAAAGUUUGAGUCUAAGUCAAUUCACCAAAGGAAAUCUGUUCUUAAGUCUUACUUUGGCUAAUUUAAUUAGUUGCACAUUUUAGUUCUUUGAAUACUGAAAUACUAAAAUUUUUCUUUUUUACAGCUCAGAUGUAGUUCUUUCAAAUGCACAGUCUGCCAUUGAAGUGCUAAUUUAAGGGGGCAUAGAAAUAUUUGAAUUUCAAGAAAUGAUUUGGUGCUCAGGGGAAUCAGGUAUUAAGUUGGCAUUUUUGUAAAUUAAAUCUGACUUAAGCACAAACCACACAUCUGGUUAUCAGCAAUGUAACAAAGUAAAAAUAACUUCAGCUUUGUAUUUAGAUACAUUUUACUGAAUUAACCGAACAGUGGGAAAACUUGACAAGACUUGACUUGACAGAACGAUAGAGCAGUAAGUUGUACAGAAUGUAAUUGGUAAGCAAACACUGGCACUGUGUCUACUACAGUCAUUGCUUUGAUAUCCAACUAUCCGAUCAGCUUAUUUUGCUUGGAAUGCAAGCAGUUUGAGAAUGAAAUGGCCAAAAUGCAAAUGCAUGUGGAAUUGUUGAUGUAGUUCAGCUGCAUAUUAAAAUACACACUGCUGCUGCCUGUGAUCCUCUAAAGGCUUAGUGUGAGUAAAGCAGAAACAGGGAACCCAUUCAGGCCUGCAUUCCGUCUAUCUGCCUCACAUCUCAGUUGAGAGAGAGCACUUUAGAGUACACAGCUGUUGGUCAAGCUGAUUUUCUCCCAGAUCAUUUCCCUCAUGUUAUUUCCACAGCAGAGCAGCAGCUGUUUCUUCCCUGCAAAUGAGAAAAGGUUUCCACAAUGAGUCAUUGAAGAGUUGAACCUGGCCAUGUGCCAGGUUUUCUCAAGGUAUCCAGUGUUUUUGACCAGAACUCAGACCAACUUAGUUACACUCACUGAGCUGAAAUACAACCUUGUCUUUUCACUUUGCCAGGUGUUUAUAAUUGCUAAUAUUUUGAAAGUUUUCCUGACUUUGGUUUCAAGUGUUUUUAACUGACACACUUGACUUGUUGGGCCUGGUUUAAGCCCCUGGCUAUCACUCAGGUAUCACUGAGUAUUAUGUUCAGAGGAUGAAUCACUGAACAUGCACCAUUCCCUCACAAGAUGUGAGACGGUUUUCAGCCACCCAUUUUUUCAUCUCGCAGAUUUCACCAUGAAUCACCCACUCGAAUCAUGUUCAUUCACAUGGUUGCACUCACUCACUCACUCACUCACUCACUCACUCGGUGAAAUGACCAAAAUAAAUAAUUGAGUGAUUUAAGUUAUUGACUAUAACUGAGUGCAAGUUCUGAA